AUGGUGUUCAUCGUUGAGGUUCGGACCACCAAACGCAAUCUCGUCCGAAUAUUCGAAUUGAUUGCACAUACGAACAUCAGAGUCUCAUCUAGUGUCCACCUCGUCACCCCUCUCGGUUAUCCGCUCUCCAGCAAUAUGCAUCAAUGUCUUUGUGUGACGCCGACUCAAACUUGCAGCAAUUACUUACUCUUCGUCCUCAAGACUGGGUGGAUUAAUACUUCGAGUGAUGAAGUCCCAUCCGUACAAAAUACUAUCUCGAUCUCUGUACUCUCAGAUGACAAUCACACGAGCGCGCCACAAUGGGUGUCCCUACCUGGAAAUUGUUAUCCACUUCAAAGACUGUUCACAAUUCAAGAGCCAACUGAGUGGCAGCUUGCCUUGGAGCAGGAAUCGAGUUCCAUCCCUGCUGGACCGAGGGCGGUAGAGAUCCAGAGCAUCAUACGAAACUCGAUGACCGUACCAGGCUUUCUGGGAAGUGAUCGGUCGAUGUUCCCGUGGAAAUUCUAG